UAAUAAAAACAUUAAAAAUAGUAAAAUGCCUAUAGGUGUCCUAUAUAUUAUUCAUAAUUUUUGUAAUUAGGGUGAUUAAUGUAUUAUACAAAAAUAAUGGGUGACAUUAUUUUAGAAAAAUAAAUGUUUCAAACACAUUUCGAGAUGCACCGAGAAAUAAUAAUAGUAGUUUUGCAUGUUGAUGUCAAGUCAAACAAAACUAUUUGCUAUUUUUAGUUAAACAAUCAUUAUAAAUAUUUUAUUUUAGAUAUUUAAUUUAGUGAAAACUUUUUUUUCGAAGUAUGGAUAUUCUGUAAUUAGUAUGCAAAGCUACUAAUUGUUUUCCAUGGUAAUUGGAAAUAUAAUAUUUAUUGAAUUAAUUAUAUUUUUCUUUAUAUUUUAUUCGUUUAAAUCCGUGAAUAAUAAAAUCCUAUUUGCCAUGAAGCGGCGAUGGCUUGUUGUAUUCUUUGCAAUAUUUAAUUUUACACGGUCAGAACUAAUCUAUUCUAUGUAUAAUAUUAAUUCUGUACCUCCACUCGACAAAUUGUGCGGUUUGUCUCGGACUCAAAUCGCAGCUGCUCAGCAAAGCUGUGUCGUAAAAAACGGAUCGACGUCGUCGCCGCCGCCGAAACAACAGCCGACUGACGUGUUGGCCUCGUGCUCGGGAAAUCAGUGCUUUGAGCGGCAACGCGAGCUGGUCGACUGUCUGACGUACGAGACGACCGCCGGCCAGAGCCUGGACGAACAGCUGGCGCUGGACGAGCGGUCGCUGGCCGGCCAGCUGGUCGCGGCCACGGACAGCAAGGAACGGUCGACGGCCGAGCUGUUCGACCUGGCCAACCGGAUGGACGCGGCGUUCUGCGAGUACCGCGAGUCCGCGAUGGCGGCCGAGGCGGCGUCCCGGGCGUUGGCCGAACAGCGGGACGCCGUCCAUGAAGGCCAAGCGAGAGUGGAGAGUCUCAGCAACCGGCUGGCCGAAGCCAAGACGUCGGUGGCGGCUUACGUUCAGCUCAAGCACGACUCGGGAGAUUUCAGCGUGUACGCCACCGGAUGCGGGCCAAGGGACGUCGAGCACAGCACUGCUCGAAGCGGCGGCGUGGAUUGCGUGGUCGCCGGCGCGACGACGACGCGCCCUGUAGCCGCAGCGUCCAAGACGACGCCGCCGUCGCCGACCCCGAUUUCGUCGUAGCUGUUCCGCGGUGUGUGUUUGCAAGACGAUUUUCGGAUUAAUAUAUUUUUUGCAACGCGAUUUUAUUGUUUUGAGUGACCGACUCGGCACCGUCACGGUAAAUCGUUGUUGUAACAUUAAUUUUACCACAGCAGUAAAAUUGAUUUAUCCGUCGGAGUAAAACAAUUAAAUCUUUGUUUUCUCGUUUCUGAAA